AUGACCAAGUGGAUACUGCUGAGCCUGGUUCUGUGGGAAGCCCAGUGGUGGGCCGCCUCCGGGGAGGCCUCCCGGGUGGAGGGCCUGGUGGGAACAUCAGCGCUGCUGGAGGCGGAGGCGGGUCCGGGCUUCCAAGUAAGGGAGGCCAUCUGGAGGAGGCUGUGUCCGUCGGAAGAGGAGCUGGUGGCCACGUUCUUCGGGGGCAUGGCCCAGACCCUGUACCGCUCCCGCUUGCUGGGCCGCGCCCGGCUGCUGGCCAACCUGAGCCUGGAGGUGCGGCGGCUGCAGCGGGCGGACACCGCCAACUUCUCCCUCCUCCUCGUCGACGCCCACGGACGAGCCCGGACGCGCACCGUCCAGCUCCACGUCUACGAGGCGGUGUCCAAGCCCACGGUCCAGGUGUUCACGGCCGAGGCGGGGGGCUCCCGUCCUGGGGGGCCCUGCCACGCCUUCCUGUCCUGCGACACCCGCAACGGCUCGGACGUGGCCUACAGCUGGAGGCGGGAGGACCGGGGCGGCCGACGGGAACAGGCCGGCUCGGGGAACGGGGAGCCCCUCUCCGUCCUGGCAGGGGGCAGGGUCCUGAGGGUCUCCCUGCCCCCCGGGGACCGGGACACCUCUUUCUCCUGCAUCGUCGCCAACCCCGUCAGCUGCCACUCCACGGCCGUCACCCCCUGGGACCACUGCCACCGUGGGCCAGAGGCUGAGAAGAUGCCCUACUGGGACAUCAUGCUGGUAGCACUUCCGGUGGCUGUGGUCUUGCUGCUGGUGGCUGUCAUCACCCUGAGACACUGCAUCCUCUGCUCAGGGAGUAAAAGGAAACAGGACCUGACCACCACCACCUCCUCCCUGGACACAGAAACUCCCCAGGAGGUCCCCUCUUCCUCUGACCAUGCUCUCCCACACAUCGUGAUUGGCGAGACACCGGAAUGUCGUUUGGGGCUCCAAGAAGAGAGAGAUCACUGCGGAGAAUGUCACCCUGAGCGCUCCACCCCACUUCCCAGUGACCAGGAACGGACAGGACUGCGGGCAGGAUGUCAGGAGCAAGCUUUUCACGCUCUGAUGGCCAUUCAUUGAACUGUUCCCCACCUCCUGGCCCCUGUACCCUCCAAUCAAUCUAUAUAUUCAUUGAAUGUUUACU